AUGAGGAAGUUGUCUCUGCGCAGCUUCAACUUGGAAUCAAUCACUCUGACAAUCAAAUCCAUAAGGUCGGUUGCAGGGUUAAUGUUUAAAUUCUCCACAUGGUCUUUUGGAUCAAACUUGCUCGUCUCCUUCACGUUAACCCAAGCAGGCGAUAACACCGGAGGCUCGUCCAAAAUCAGCGACCUUAGCAGAUACAGGUGCUCGAACUUGACAAAAAUGGCAGCCACAUGGUCACAUCCGGAAUAG